CACACGUUCGGCACACACACACACUAUUCGACUGAGAACAUUUGUAAAUUGCGGACCAGAUUGGCCGGUGUACGUAGCGGUGUAUUUCGGUACUUGAUGAUGAACAUGGUGAAAUUGUCUUGACGAUCUUGAAUACGGGACGGGCUAGAGAGAAGCAUAGACCGCGCGCUGAUUUAUUUGUGACUCUGGUAAACAAUCAGAAUGAGGAAAAUGCAUAAAAGGAAAGUCCGUGCCCGCAGGAAACAUCUAUUCUGGAUCGUGACUGCCUGUUUCUUUUGCCUCACUACCAUCCUGUUAUUAAACUUGUACGUGUAUUCGAGACCGACACAUAUUACUAAUGAACACAACAUCAUUAAGUUUGGGGAACCUGUACAGUCACUUUCAGUAAUUGUAAAAGUUAUACAGAACUAUGUGAAGCAUCCGCUGGGUUUUAGUGACACGAACAGCACUAAUCCAAAAAAGAUCAAGCUACAAAAGCGAAUGGCCAGACUUGUCUCAAAGUUACGAACAUGGCAGCCAAAUAACACGAGAGUGGUAGAAUUAAUGAAUGAUCUAAACAGUUACAUGAAUGACACCCAUUUUAUUUCUACAAAAGAAAAUACCCCUGUCGGGCAACCUUAUUUUGAUACCAUGUUCAACAAAUCCGUGAUUAUUGAUGAGAAGAAGCGACAGUUACUGCCAAAUAAAUCCCCCUUUUCGAACAAGAAAUUUAAAUCAUGUGCAGUUGUUGGCAAUGGUGGAAUACUCCGCAACAGUGGUUGUGGCAAGGAGAUUGACAGUUACGAUUUUGUAAUACGAUCAAACCUACAACAACUAUCUGGGUUUACGUACGAUGCAGGGAGUAAAGUAAACCUGACUUCAAUAUCACAGUCGUUGCUGAAUAAUUACCGAUUUGACGGCAGUUACAAAUUUGUGUUAAAUUUUACCAACGUAAACAUGACUAAAUUACUAGCUUCCCUGGAGGAGUACGAUGGCUCUCUUCUAUGGAUUCCAAAUAGCAAAGUCAGCAAUUUAGCUUUUGAAAUGGUACAGCUCAUACAUGACACAACCACCCUAAAAACCUUUUUGUACAACCCAGAACACUCUGCACAAAUUCAGCGGUAUUGGAACUUGACUCAGCGAAGCAUAUCGACGGGAAUGACUCUGACAAGCGUAGGGCUUUCUCUCUGCGAAGAAGUUCAUCUCUACGGUUUCUGGCCGUUCACCUUUGACUACAAAGGUACCAACCUACCUAUGCACUAUACGGAGAACUUGCUGUGGUCUACUUACAAAAAAUACCACGAUUUUCCAUCAGAGUUUGUGCGGCUCAUUAAGCUACAUUACCAAGGUGUACUGCGGCUACACGUAGAUGACUGUCGCAAGCCGGACAGUGUCGAGAGCGAUGAUGAUCUCUUCUUCUUUAAUAAUGACACUCAAAAGCUGCUCCUCAGCCUUGGAAUCAACGACACAAAGAAAUUGUGGUCAAAUGAGGGCGCUCAGCAGUGGCGUAAGCCCAUGUCAGUAUUAGAUUACACAGAGAGUUGAUGUCGCUGCUUAUAUAGCUAUGCGAGUAACAGUGCAUACAAGUGUGGAAUUUCGAACAACAAUAGGAUGGAUGGAUGUAUGUGCGUACAUGUAUCGUUUUAUUUGUUUAGUGAGUUUUCAUAUUGUCAAAAUUGCCCACACGAAAUCUGAACAUAGUCUGAACCAAUUGUUUUAAACAUUUUAUUAUAAUUGUCACACAACUCAGGUGGAAUGUUUUACCUCAAAUGCUCGAACAAAGUUAUAUCGAAUAUGUCUCCCCCCAUAUUUUGGCCAAUCUGACAAAUUCUGGAGAUUCUUGUCAAUUAAAAGAACGAAAACAAUGUGCUGCUUCAAGUAUAAAAACGUAGUAAUGAGAGAAAAGCCGAUGUACCGACUAGAAUGUACAAAACGCAUUUCAACAGAGUAAUGUCAUUUAGAAGAUUUUGCAUCGAAGUUUUAGAACUGCCACUUGUUUGUCAAAAUUAUAUUCGCCGUAGUUUUUUUUAGAAUACAUUUCUUUGUUUCAGUGUAGUCGAAUUCCCGAGUGGCUCACAACUCAGAGUGACAGUGACGGAAAAAGCUGACCACUGAUUCAAAUUCAAGUUUCACUCCGCCGAGUUUACGAUAUUUCAAAUUGAACAAAGUUUAGGCAAAUUCCCGACAGAAACGAACUCGGAAUGACGGAAUAUGCGGCCUAAAAUUUAUUUGUCAGUUGAACUUGGCCUUCAGUAAUGAAUCUAGUAUGCAGAGGUCACUAAUCUUUUAGUUUUAUCGGAUUUGGCUAGUGCACUAUUAAUCUGCCAAUUGGAAUAAAAAAUGGCUACCGGGAAUUUUAAUUUGUUCAGGCAUAAGUAAUUCCAGAGUGUCUCUAAAAACUAGAGUUUGAUGACGGAAUACAUGUACUACAAAUUUGAUUCCCGCAAAUGCCAAAACUGCCAAUAAAGGUUUUUUUAAUGUGCCCUGUACAAUUUAAAUUAGUUAAGGUAAUACCAGAUAUACCAGAGUGUCUUUCAAGCAAAGAUGCAGUGACGGAAUUCUUUGACUUUCAAGUCCUUGAAUAUAAACCAAUUGCCUGACAGAACCAAGGAGCGUAAUGUUUAUUUUGUCGAAUUCCCGAAUGUUUUAAGCGAAAAUGUGAUGACGGAAACGACUUGACUAGUUUAACUUAUGUAGGCUUUAUUUUAGUUCAAGAUUGUUUUAAUAUUACAUUUUGUAUACAUUUGUAUUUUCUGUAAUUUGUAAGAAAAAAUAAUAAAUUUUAAACCAAA